UGUGAUUCACAGGAGCUUCUUAAGUAACAAACGAAAUGAGCCCAGGGCGUGGAAAAUAUGAUUUCUGUAUUGGUUUGGCAUUGGCUAUGACCUCCAGCAUUUUCAUAGGAGGGAGUUUCAUUUUGAAAAAAAAAAAAAAAGACCUUCUGCGACUUGCCAGAAAAGGACCCAUGAGAGCAGGUCAAGGUGGCCAUGCAUAUCUUAAAGAAUGGUUGUGGUGGGCUGGACUACUGUCAAUGGGGGCAGUCGAGGUGGCCAACUUCGCUGCAUGUGCCUUUGCACCAGCCACGCUAGUGACUCCACUGGGAGCUCUCAGCGUCCUCGUAAGUGCCAUUCUUUCUUCAUACUCUCUAAAUGAAAGACUUAAUCUUCAUGGGAAAAUUAGAUGUUUGCUAAGCAUUCUAGGAUCUACAGUUAUGGUCAUCCAUGCUCCAAAGGAAGAGGAGAUUGAGAUGUUAAUUGAAAUGUCACACAAGUUAGGUGAUCCAGGUUUCGUGGUAUUUGCAACAAUUGUGGUCAUUGUGUCCUUGAUAUUAAUCUUUGUGGUGGGACCUCGCCACGGACAGACAAAUAUUCUUGUGUACAUAACAAUCUGCUCUGUGAUCGGGGUGUUUUCAGUGUCCUGUGCAAAGGGCAUGGGCAUCACCAUAAAAGAACUGUUAGCUGGAAAGCGUGGGCUGCGGCAUCCCCUGGCCUGGAUUCUGCUGCUGAGCCUCGUCAUCUGUGUGAGCACACAGAUCAAUGACCUAAACCGGGCCCUGGACAUAUUCAACACUUCCCUUGUAACACCAAUAUAUUACGUUUUCUUUACAACCUCAGUUCUAACUUGUUCAGCUAUUCUUUUUAAGGAGUGGCAAGAUAUGCCUGCUGAUGAUAUCAUUGGGACUCUGAGUGGCUUCUUUACAAAUGUGGGGAUAUUCUUGUUGCGUGCCUUUAAAGAUGUCAGCUUUAGUCUAGCAAGUCUGCCUGUCUCUUUUCGAAAAGAUGAUAAAGCAAUGAAUGUUAACCUCCCUACUAUGUAUAAUAAUGAAGAAAGCUUAUCCCGUGGAAUUGAACAACACAGUGGUGAGAAUAUCUCACAGAGAAAUGGAAAUCUGACAGGUUUUUAG